UUUCCGACACGAGCGGUACAAGACGGAUCGGUUUUAGGUUCCGGUCCCAUCCCAUGUUUUAAGCAGGAAUACAAGCUUCCUGAUUCGCCUCUCAUUCUUCAGCCUUGCAUGUGAGGGACCUGUACUGAGGAUUCAUGGCCUUCACCACGGUCACUCCAGUCACCGUCGCCGGCCAGCACAUUCUCAAAGCCUGCCCAAGGAGCUCAGCUGCCAGCUCAGUUGCCAGAGCACAUCGUCCAUGGUGCAGGGUGUCGGCUCAUACAACAUUGCUUGGUCCUCAGCCGCUUCCGAGCAAGCAUACGCCCCACCGCCAGCCUGGAGAGGCCCGUUACCUGUCUGGUCAGCAUAGCGCGGUGCCCUCUUGGAGGCAGAGAAGCGCUUUGAGGAGGAGGAUGGCGCAGCAGAACUCUGCGCCAUUGGUCUGGAUUGACUGCGAGAUGACCGGUCUGGACUAUGACAACGACGAGAUCAUCGAGAUAUAUUGCUUGAUCACCAACGGCAACCUGGAACUGGCCGAGAACGAGGGCUGGGGCACAGUCGUCCACCAGUCCACGGAGCGCAUGGCUCGCAUGGACGACUGGUGCACGCGGACUCACGCCCAGACGGGACUCACAGCGGCCGUCAUCGCCUCCACCGUCACCCCAGAGCAGGCCGCCGACGGGCUGCUGGCCUACGUCAAGCAGCAUGUCCCCGAACCACGCACCGCCAUCCUCGCUGGCAACAGCGUCCACAUGGACCGCGCAUUUCUGAACCGGGGGCCGUACCGCAAGAUUUUGGACCACCUGCACUACCGGAUCCUCGACAUCAGCAGCCUGAAGGAGGCGUCGAGGAGAUGGUUGCCGCGUGUGACGGAGAAUGCACCAAAAAAGAAGGUGCUGCACAAGGCCAAGGACGAUAUUCUGGAGAGCAUCGAGGAGGCCAGGUUCUACAAGGAGGCCAUCUUUGAGAGGAAGGCGUAAGCUGCACGCCGAGAUCAGUGACCAACCUACCUUCAAGGCCGAAAAGGGCCCUUCUCAGCAAGGGCUGAUAAAGGAUAAAGGAUUUCUUUGUCUCUUAUCGUACCUGAAUAUCUAUCAUGGUGGGGGACUAGGGCGGCAUGGCGGCCAGGACUCUGACUGAGAGGAAGGAUCAACAGGGUCCAAAUGGCCGGAUACAACCAGAGUCGUAGCGGCCGACAGGCCUGUUUCUCCAACGCGACGAGAAAUGGAGCGACCACUAGGCCGACUGCAACACAAUCGCGAAAUAUCCCAGGCGCCACCAACAAAAGACUCAUGUUGGAAGUCUCUCACAGCAUCCCAACGUUUGGGAUGGUGAAUUCAAUGUUUAGAUGGGUUACUCCCGCCGAGUUAAUCUCUGAAAUACGAAGUCGCAUGUGCGAGCAUCCGGCAAUUCCCACGGUGUGCGGUGCAUGCUUGUUACAUACAGUUCAACGCGGGUCGUGCAUCCGUGCGUUUUGGGCGAGCUGCUCAACCACGCACAGCACGCUGAUUUGUUAGAUUACUUGGCCGACUGAAG